UAAAAGAAUUGCCUUUCUACAAUCUCCAGAGAUGCUGGAAAAACAGGCGAGCCCAGCCCCACAGACACUACGUCUUGAGAACCUGACCCGCCCCAUCCUGUCAGCCUCAGGUCGCUGGGGUCAGUCUUGUGGGUCUCCGUGGCACGAUCACGUUCACAGGCGUUUAUGGAUGGGGAUGCUCCAGAAUCAGUAAACCACAAUGCAGAACCUAAGCUCGGACUUUGAACCAAGCUCUUUUGCCUAGUUUGCUUUUUCUUUGUAUCACUGGGUUCCUUGCCACCACAACUCACUGUUUCUCCAGGGCCGCUGUGUCCCCUCCAGCCACCUGCGCGCCUAGGGGAUCCGAGCGCAGGAGGAGAGGGCUGGAAACAGCGGUCCACCGGGCACACUGGGGAGAGACGGAAACUACAACUCCCAUCACGCCCCGCAGCCGCUCCCGCCUCCCCUCCACCCCUCAGCCUGCGGCCGGGCGGCGUUGGGCUUUCAUCUGCGGACCAGCGGGAGGGAGCCAGAUCUCGGCGAUCUUCCCCGACGGCAGAGACUUGGUCGACGGCGGCGGCAGCUUAAGCCGGCUUUAGCCUCCGCAUCUGUCCAGCCCCGAGCCCGCGGCGCACAGGGUCCGUCCCGCGCGCGGCUAGAGGAUGGUCAUCCGCGUGUUCAUCGCCUCUUCCUCGGGCUUCGUGGCGAUAAAGAAGAAGCAGCAGGAUGUGGUCAGAUUUCUGGAAGCCAACAAGAUAGAGUUUGAGGAGGUGGAUAUCACAAUGUCAGAAGAACAGAGGCAAUGGAUGUACAAAAACAUCCCCCCAGAGAAGAAGCCCGCUCAGGGCAACCCACUGCCACCUCAAAUAUUUAAUGGUGACCGAUACUGUGGAGAUUAUGACAGUUUUUUUGAAUCAAAGGAAAGCAACACUGUCUUUUCAUUCUUAGGCCUGAAACCACGAUUGGCAUCAAAGGCAGAACCUUAGAGAGGCAGAGUGGAAGAUGACGGAGAUGCAUUUUGGAGCACCCCUUGGUACUCAGCGCACACCUGCUUACCUAAUGCAUCACUGUGACAAAAGCCACAUGCAUCAGUAACUUUGCUUGCCAUGGAAAAGGUGUUUUUGGAAGAUGUGGGUAUAAUGGGGAUUGCAUGAUUGCUUUAAACCAAAUCAGGACUGUGGUGGAUUUUUUUCUUCCCAAUUUGCCUGCAGUUGCCUCACUCACCUGAAAGUACUGUCUCCUGUUACGGGUGUGCUUCCUUAAUAAACAAUUGACAAGUGGGUGGCACCAUUAGGGAGAAAAUGUUGAGUCUGCCCUAGGAUAUAAUAGAUGCCAGUAUUGCAUAAACCUGCUUCUCUUUAAGCUGCCUGGAUUGCAUCCUUGAAAUUAGUCUGCCAGGCUGUUAGAAUCUUUGAAUCGGAAAGGCAAAAGCAAUGCUGAUUGACAAAAGGCAUUGAAGGUUUUUGCUACAGAAUCAUAAACAUCACUAUUCCAGUUCUUUGUAAUAACACCUGUUGAAAAUGUUAGAUGUUCUAGACUCCUUUUUAUAAUGGAAACUCUUAACCCUCACAAAUCCUCUAAGCUCCUGCAGAUAUUUCCAGAAAUUACUGGUGCAAUGUUGCAUGAUCACAACCAAGUUACAGGGAUGAAGAUAAUUACUAUUUUGGAAAAUAUAUGCUUCUUUAUCUCUUGAAAGGGGAAAGUUUCACCUAAAUGCACAAGACUGCUUGAAAGAUAUAUUUUAAGAAGUGCACUAAUUAGAUAGUCAAUUUAUAGGAAAAUUGUCUGAUUAGUAUCUGAAGGCAUUUUCAGCUCUAGCAAUUUAUAUAUACAUAAGUGCACAUAUAUUUUUAAAUUCAGCUCCCCAACAGCUGCUUAUUCUAUUUUGUGAAAGGAUUAUAUUUUUUUGAGAAGGAAGAUCUCAGUUAGAUAUAUUUUGUGGACCCUUGAUGAGGCAUAUUAAAAGAUACCAAUAUUGCUGUAGAAUUAAUUUUUUCCCAUAUUACUUUUGAUCAUUCUUCUAGUUUUUUCAUGUUUCUAGCCACUGCACAGACUCAGACUUUUCAGAGUAAAACUAAUACACAUUCUUAUUCCGUAUAUGAGCACAAGUGAGUUUCAGAGCAACAUAUAUGAGAAAGGGGCUGUCUAAAGAGAAAUUCCAAGUUGUACUUGGCAAACAGAUCUCCUACUGGAGUGCAUGCUGAUAAACACUGAACAUGUUACUUCAUUAAAACAGAGGUGACUUUUCUGUAUCCUUAUAUAUCUUAAGCGUUUUGAAUUGCCAAACAUGGGAACAGCCUUGAAUAUGAUAAACUCGGAGAGGACUGACUAAAAUACUCAUCCUGAAGCUGGUCCUUUCAUUAUGAUUCUGAGAAGGAAAUUUAUAAGAAAUUGAAAGAACAAAUGAGUUUGAAGCUCCACGCACCCUGUCCCCAUAUCUUGCUAAAUGUGGACUAUUCUAAAGCACUUUUUGAAUGCUGAAGCUGAAAUUGCAGCCUGAGAUUUGCAGUCCAGGACUACAGUCAGAGGAAAGCAUGACAGAGUUCUUGACUGGAAGAUAUAUGAUCUGCAAUUUUCUCUCCAAGGAAAACUGUUGUCAAAUCAUGGGAAUUACUGGUUAGUUGAUAUUAAACAAGAUCCAGGUCAUUUUCCACUUGAUAUAUCCCAGGGACUAUCUAGGAAUGUUUAUUCCUAAGCGGAUAUUGUGUUUAAGUUUGUUAGUAUGUGAGUCUUCUGCUAAGACUUAGUAUUUUAUGUUGUUGUUUUGUUUUGUAUGAACCCAGGGGCGCUUUACCACUCAACUGCUUAUCUCCCCAUCCCCUCUGUCUUAUAUUAUUUUGAGAAAAGGUCUCGCUAAAUUGCUCAGGCUGGCUUUGAACUUUCCAUCCUCAUGCCUCAGCCUCCUGAGACACUGGGAUUACAGGCAUGCACCACCAUGCCCAGGUAGAAUUUCUUUUUUAAGAUAACAGCAAAUUUUUAAGUUGUUAUGUUGUGAUUAUCCAGCUUAUAUUUAGUCUGUUCUUUCAAGUGAGUGCUGAGAACCAACUUAGUAAGGUUGAGGCUUUGCAAAUUCUAGGGUUGUAGUAUUAAUACCAUGCUUGCUAACCAGAGAAAGCCACCCAAAUUUUUCUGAUAACUUUCAAAUUAACUCUGAUAUGCUUAGUGUGAUUAUAUUAAACAUAGUGUUAAAUUACUAACAGGUACAAAUCAUCUUUUUAUGAUGAUUUGGGGC